GGCAUAAAACAAACUGACUUGACAAUAAUUGUCUUGCAAGUAUUUAUACCGCUUCUUGACGACACCUGCGUUUAAUUUCCGUAUAUUUCGAAGGUCAAAGGAAUACUCCACAAGCCGAAAUUAUGGUCUUUGGGUUUGCUUCAUGGUUCGGCGUUAUUUACCUCGUCUGUACUGUAUCUUCUGCUAAAGCUAAGGCAAUGCAGUGCAAAGGCACGGCAAAAUAUACGUUGACCUUCCAAGGAGAAUGGUCUCAGGCUUCUCAUCCCAGCGACUUCCCGAGCUCUUCAACACCACAUUUCUCAUCUCCUGUUGGCUGUAGUCAUAAUGCUUCUUAUGUUAUGUGGAUACCCGGGGGAAACGCGAGCAAAGGAGUUAAAGAUGUGGCGGAAAGAGGUAGUAUCACUGAAAUAAACAAAGAAAUGGACGCCCAGAUUACAUUAAAAAGAGCCCACAAGAGGUACAGUGGUAGGUCCAUCUAUCCUGGCACUGGACAGCGAGUCAUCACUAACAUCGAAGUCACCUCAGAUUAUCCUCUUGUGUCUUUCAUUACCAUGAUAGCCCCCUCACCUGAUUGGUUCGUUGGUGUUCACGACUUUGACCUAUGCAACACAACAUCCGGGGAAUGGCGGGACUUGAGGGAACGUUAUCUCCCGCUGUACGAUGCGGGAACGGAUAGUGGGCCCAGGUUUACAAGUUCCGAUAGCGAAACCAGACCUCCAGAAAGGAUUUUCAUUAUCACAAACAACACCGAAGGUUCCUUGAAAGGCGAUAAGCCUCUAAAACGUUUCGGAACGUUUACCUUUGUAAAGACUUUUGAUUCCAACGAAGUAGUGAAGCCCUCCCCAUCCAACAUCCUUAAGCCAAGCACUGAGAGCCAAUAUCAGCCAACCAAGAGCAAAUAUCAGUCAAAUAUGCCUGUGAAAAGUUCAUUGAAAAUAACGCCAACGACUAGCGCCACAAGAAUUUCCUCAACACAAGUGCUGAACCAAACAGCAACGAGUAACCAAACCUCAACUCCGACAGGCACAUCUGCGGCCUCUUCAUUUAAAGAGUUCAGUUUUAUGCAUGCCGUUUUUGCUCUGAUAUUUGCAGACCUGUUAUUGUAAACUAUCUAAACCAACAGCAUGUUGCAAUAAUUAUGAUUUUAUUUUCUCACAACACACCUGCAAAACUUAAGGUGGCUCCCUACAGUUUUAGGAAUAUUG